GACGAUGGUGUGGUUGGGAAGAUGGCAUGCAUGCAUGCACAGAUCAUAUCAUUUAGAUCGUCACCUAGUUGGCUUUCUUCAAUCAAGAGAGGAUGGUGCAAUUUAGAUGACCAACAGGGAAGAGGAUAAGUGGAUUUGACUCUGAGGUGAUGUUUAGGCAACAAAUGAUUGGAGCCAACCGUGCCAAAGUCUUCAGUUUGACCAAAUUCUUGGCUGUUUAACUCAAAACCUUCAUUGAAUUUGGUAAAGAGUAUUUGUGAAAAAUUAUAAGAUAUAAACUGCUUUACGGUAUAUCUAGUUCUAUGGUUUCUGUUUAAAUAGAAUCAAUCAUGUUUAACAUUACAGUAAUUCCUCUAAUUAGGAUUCUGUUACCUGUUUACUUAGAGCGAAAGAAAUUAAUCAUUAACAAAUUGUCCAAAGUGCUUUUAGUUGGUGUAGAUCUUUCACCAUUUAUUCUUAUGGAUGAAGGCCAAUAACUAGUCAUCUAAAAUUCUCUCACUAUUGAUCACUCGAUGUCCAGUAAUUACGGCAACAGGGAAUCAAACUGGAGAUGGAGCAAAGCAAGCUUUUGACUGCAAGUUAGCAUCUGUGUCCACAAAUCAAAAUCAGUUAACAUCAAACGACUGAAAAGUAUUGCCGAACAUUUGUGUAUAGAUUGUGACAAAAUAUUAGUCAAUGGAUAUUACAAAUCUGUGGUGAACAUGAGAGGUUUCCCUGAACCCUGAAAGCUACUGUAUUUCUGGAGGCAGUAGAAGGCACUCGACUUCUUACUGAUUGAUAUAUUCUUGCUAGGUCCAUGAGCUCUGCACGCGUUGCUUAAUUAAAGCACCAGAUGGGUGAAGAAACUGAGCUGAAGUGCGAAUCAUGCUUUGCCAGAGAAGAUUGCUGAGAAGAUAUACAGUAAUUUAAUAGUCGUGUGAUCAGAUUGACUCCCGACAGCCCAACAUCACUGAGAUUUUCCACACAGAUUUCUCCUGCGUCAGCUCCUUCAAUAUAUAAUUAAGACAUCAAUUGUCUGGAUUAAUUAAACAAAUCGAAAGGCAGAUAUCUGCACAUCUGUCAUGGAGGAGGAGCAAGUCUGAGCGUGCAGCAAGCAGCGAGAAGGCCGUGAAGGAGGCGAAAAGGAGCCUGCAAUGCAAAUGCAAGUUAGUAUGCCACAUACGUGUCUGCUCUUGGUUCGUGACAGCUCCCAUGGGGACGAUAGAGACAAGGAGCCCCUCCUGCUUUGGGGCUUCCCUGUCGCCUUCCCGAGUUAAACUUCAAGUCGUAUGCCUUUUCAUGUGCUGCUCCGCCAAUGAGAGAGGUAGAGGAGACACGUCGCGAGUUUGAUAAACAAAGGACGGCACCGAAUCCGGUUGACUUUUUUUACUCUCCCUCUCGUCGAUUUGCCUCUGUUUUCACUCUAUAUAAACCGUUUAAUUGAUAUCGAGUUGAGAUUUUGAGAUGGGGAGAACACCUUGCUGCGACAGAGAUGACCUGAAGAAAGGCCCGUGGACUCCGGAAGAGGACCAAAAGCUCGUUGUCUGCAUACAGAAGCACGGCCAAGGAAACUGGAGGACUCUUCCUAAGAAAGCUGGGCUCGCGAGGUGUGGCAAGAGUUGCCGGCUCCGGUGGACGAACUACCUCCGGCCGGACAUCAAGCGAGGAAGGUUCUCGUUUGAAGAGGAAGAGACCAUCAUCCAGCUGCACAGCAUGCUAGGCAACAAAUGGUCUGCAAUCGCUGCUCGUUUGCCGGGAAGAACAGACAACGAGAUCAAGAACUACUGGAACACGCACAUCAGGAAGAGGCUGCUGAGGAUGGGCAUCGACCCGGUGACUCAUUCUCCUCGGCUCGAUCUCCUCGACCUCUCCUCGCUCCUCGCACCCCCUUUCUGCAACCCGACGCCGGAGGCGAUGUCGCCAUUGCAGCUCGACUUCUCGAGGCUGUUGGCUGGCCUCGACGGCGACUUACUCCUGAUGACCACAAAUCUCAUACUGUCACAGUAUCAGAAUCCCAACCCCAUGCUCAGCGAUCAAGGAAUUACACCCCCGGACCAGCAGCAACUGCUCGAUCAAUUAAUCCCGCCUCAACAGAGCUUCGAUGAGGCUCAAUGGACGCAGUGCAGCAAUGCGCACCAGCUCCAGGCGGGGUCUAACUCGAGCCCAUGGCAAGCCGGCGAUGUGAUCCCGCAGAGCAUCGAGAAUAAUCUGAUUAUGCCCGAUCACUCAUCGUCAUUGACGCACUUGGUCAACGCCUCGAACGUCUACGGCGCCAACGACGGAAACCCGCAGAGCUACUGGUCGACGCCGGCGUCGUCGAGCCUGACGCCGCUUAACUCGCAGUCGACGACGACGUACGUCAACAGCAGCGCGGAGGACGAGAUGGAGAGCUACUGCAGCAACCUGUUCCACUUCCAAAUCCCGGAUGGCGUCAGCAAUCCUAUCUUGUGAACUAGAUCAUGUGGAUGAAAUUGUUUUUGUUCGUGAAGCGCAAUUAAUAAUCAUCUUUUUCAUUUCUCUUUGAAACUUUUUAUUUUUAUUUUCUUUAAUUUUUCCUAACGGAAAAACAGAGCCAUUAUCAGUAGUAGUGUACUGAAAGUGUGUUCCAUCAAAUGGUAUUUCAUAUGUUUGAUAUAUAAA